GAGCAGACGGAAGACAGAAGGCUUAAACGGAGACAGGAGAGGAUGCUGUGUCAGUGGAGGCUGAGGCUCUCAGUCUGCAAACGCAUCAGCACCGACUGUCGACCACUUCCCAACUUGUAGCCUAAAUACGGACAGUUGAAUUAGCAGUUAGCAAAAGGAGGAUGAAUCCGAAUUAGAGGGAUUUUUCUCCCCCACAUAUAAGCGUGCUGCCAAGGUUCUUCUGUCGGAGUUUGAGCCCCUGUGCAGAUGGAACUGAGCAGAAGGAAAGUGCCUCUGUAUGGCGAAGCAAAGGUAUUUGCAUUGCUGGACGGUUUUGACUCUGCGCCAGAAGAUGCAGAGGUUUACAUUGUUUUGGAAGGAUCCACACUGAUCCAUGUUACCAGGGCUCACAGUGAUGUCAUGCUCUGCUUUAUUGUGCCCGGCCAUAAUCUGGCAGAGAUGGUUUCUGUCCAGGCAUACCUGUGCUCUGAAACUAUACCCCUCACCUGGGUAGGCGAGGCUUCAUUAGAGUAUGUUCAUGAUGAUGCUCAGGACCUCGCAGAGCACCUGGUAAUCCAUGGACAUUGUCUGAACUCCACGGAUCAUAAAGAGCUGAGCAGCCUCUUCAACCUGGGCCAGCAGAGCUCCCAUUGGGCUAUGGAUCGCCGAGUGGCCCUGGCCAUGGCUAACCUCGAUAUCCCCCCAAACUGGAAUGUACUCGGGAGCCACAGUGGAGACGAGCACUGUCCCAGAGAGUCUCCCCUCCACCUAGCUGUUCGAUGGGGUAUGUGUCGACUUGCAGAGCUGUUGCUUUGCCAGCCUGGGGGUUUGAUGGCUGUCAAUCUGCCAAACGAAAAUGGAGUCACGCCGCUGCAGCUGGCACAGACAGCAGGCAACACUGAACUGUUGGAGCUGCUCUCCAACCCACCCAAUCCACUAGCUACACCUCCCGCUGGUCUUUCCCAGGUGUGGGCAGACAGAUCUCGCCUGCUUAGGUUCUGUCAUGACACGGGGAACCUGACUCUGACUGUCAGACAAAACCUGAGGUGGAGCUCGGAGGAGAGCCGACAUGCUGACAUCCUGCUUUUCAGAGAGCGACUGAGAGAUGAGGACUUCCUCAGAGGGAUCAAAGCACUAAGGAGGGAGCGGGUGGAGACGAUCUCAGGGAAGGAAGAACUAGUGGAUGAUCCUGCAGACAGUGCACUGUAUCCUGAUAUAAAUGGAGAAAACUCUGUCGUUGCAGAGAAUGUUCCCAGUUUCUUCUCCGAAGUAUACGAGGAGCCGCUGAUGUUCUGUCUGAAUGAGGAGGACGAAGAAGACGAGCCUUCACAGUCUGACUCUGAGAAAAGCCAGUCCAUAAGGGAGAGCCAGGCCUCGUCUCCAACACUGGCUGCAGCUGCCAGACUGUCAGCGAUGAUACACGGCAAAGACCAAGUGUAUGCCAACGCCAUGCUGGUGGAUCAGGUGAGUUGGCUGAAGUUUUUCUAUACAGUGUCAUUAGGAAAAAUGCAGUUUACGACAGCGAUAUCAUUUAGAACAGCGCAUGAACAACAGACUUUGCUCAUAAGAUGUGAAUCGUUUCACUGGAUGAGCUGCAAAUCAUCUGGUGGAACAGUUUGGGGUCCCUCUCAUUGCAUUCUCACUUUUCUUUUCCAGGUGGACGAUGCUGACAUUAAAUACCGCUCUCCAGGGGAGGAGGAGGUCAGCCCUGCAUCUCAUGUUGACAGCUCCAGCUGGGAUUCGUUCUCUGUGACUCCCCCUAAUUCAGGGAACUGCUCCCGGAGCCGGUGCCCAUCGUCACCCCACAACAGGCUGAGGGGAAUCCAAGGUUCUGGCCUGGAGAACCACAGAGAGCAAUCCCCUCUUGUCUCUCCCCCCUGUCCUUUCGCUUCCUCCCCGUCUUUUCCUUCCUCGCCCCUGGCUUCCGCCCUCCGUUUGUUUGAGGGAGCACACAAGCGUCAGCCGCAGACAGGCUUGCCACUCUCUCCUUCUUUGAGUCGUAGCGGAUGCAGCUUCACAGAGGCAAGCCGAGGCUUGAGCCCUAGUCUAGAGUGUGACAGUGGAGAGGAGGACAUACUGGGACAUUCCUACCCAGCCUCAUCUUUAAGGCAACAGUCCAUUCUGCGCUCCGGCUCAGGAGGAGAGAGAGACUCUUUUGACGCUUCUCCAGAUUUCAGUCGUACACAAUCCGACAUCACGCACAAAUCAACCAAGAGCCCAGAGGAGGCUGAGGUCCGUCUUCGCUCCUACUCCUACUCCUCGCCUAAAGCAAAGCCGUCACGGCCACUGCUAAACCGCGAUGCAACAAUCACUGAUUUGGAAGAAGAUGGAGCAUUCAGCAGCAGCGGUCGUUCUCUACUUCAGGCUUUAUCUCUUUCUAAAUCCCUCUCUCGUCUCAACCAAGUUAAGCAGAGAACAUUCAACUUGACUGAGACGCCCAGAGAAAAGAGGGUUUUGGGUUUCCGUAAGCGGGCCCAGUCAGCAGAGGAGGAGAGCAGCGCACCACUUGAACACCUCACCCUCACAGAGUUCCUCAAAGAGAUCGAGGAUGAGGACUGGGAUAAAUACAUAAUCCCAUCUAAGGUCGAGUCAGAGAAGUACAAAGUCAGCCGGACCUUCAGCUUCCUCAAGAACAGGAUGUCGAGCACUCGCAGCAAGACUAAGGUGAAGGGUAAAGAGGUGAAGGAGGGAAAGGAGAAGUCAGUCACUUCUAAUGGUCAUCAGUUUGUUCCUGUGUCUCCAUCUGGGCCUGCUCUUUGUGUGGCCUGUGAUAAGCCUGUUUCUGGGAAGGAGCUGUUGCAGUGCUCCAACUGUUUACUGAAUGUUCAUAAGAACUGUCGGGAGUCUGUUGCAGCCUGUGCAAAGAAACCGCAAGACAGGAAUGCAUUGCUGAUGAAGAGCAAGGCCUUUUCUCUCCCGCAGAACCCUGUCAAAGAAAACCCUCCAUCCUCCAUUUUCUCUUCUUCUUCCUGCCCGUCCUCUUCGCUUCCAACAAUGAACAGAGAAAAAAAAGAAACAGUUGCACCACUUACUAAAAGCCUCUCCAUCUCUGCAGACAGCAGACGGCUGAGCGACUCAGCAGGUGUGGACUCUGAGUGUGCUGCUCCAACUUGCACUAUUAGCUCACUGUCUGAUGACUGGACACCAGUCACAACGACUCCCCCAGCCAUCAACCUGCCAAUCACCACACAAGAUACUGUUGAUGCUCCUUUACUGAGUGACCUGUCCGCUGACCUGCUGGGACUUGAAGCAGAGUCAUGGAGUCUUGCAGUCACUGCCGAAUUUUGUAGGCAACAUGACAGACACACAAUCAAACGCCAGGAUGUUAUUUAUGAGCUGAUGCAGACCGAGCUGCACCAUAUCCAGACCCUGACGGUCAUGUCGGAGGUGUUCAGGAGAGGCAUGCUGGACGAGCUGCAGCUGGAUUGGGAGUGUGUGGCCCGGAUUUUCCCCUGUUUGGAUCCCCUGCUGCUCUUCCACAGGAACCUCUUCAGAGCUCUGCAGGAACGCAGACAGGCUGAAACCCAAACAGAGAACUCCCAAAAUUACAUCAUCCACAGGAUUGGAGAUAUCCUGCUUCAGCAGUUCUCAGAUGAAAAUGCUGAGAAGAUGAAAAACUUGUAUGGAGAGUUCUGCAGUCACCACAUCGAGGCUGUCAACGUCUUCAAAGAGCUACAGCAACAGAACAAGAAACUUCAAAACUUUGUCAGGCAACAGAGCAAUAACUCUCUGGUCAGACGAAGAGAGGUCCCAGAAUUUAUCCUGCUUGUAACUCAGCGCAUCACCAAGUACCCAGUGCUGCUGGAGAGGAUAUUACAGUAUACCAAGGAGGGAAGUGUAGAACACUCUGACCUGUCAACUGCCCUGGCUCAGAUCCGUGAUGUUGUUGCAGCAGUGGACCUGACUGUAAAUAAAUAUGAGAAGUUUCAGGAGCUUCAGGAAGUGCUGGCCCGGCUGGAGAACAAAAGCUUUGCCAAGCUCAAGAAUGGCAAGGUGUUUCGCAAACAGGACCUGCACAGCAAACAUAGGGAUCUGCAGCACAAAGGGCUGGUCUACUGGAAAACAGCCACAGGACGUCUGAAAGAUACGUUGGCUCUUUUGCUCACUGACAUUCUAGUUUUCCUGCAAGAGAAAGAUCAGCGCUUCAUAUUUGCUGCUGUGGACCAGAAGCCUCCAGUAAUCCCUCUACAAAAGCUCAUCGUCAGAGAAGUUGCCAAUGAAGAGAGAGGGAUGUUUCUCAUCUCUGCAUCCUCAGCGGGGCCAGAGAUGUAUGAAGUUCAUACCACCAGCAGAGAGGAGAGGAAUGCAUGGAUGAGACACAUCCGACAAGCUGUAGAGAGCUGUCCUGAGGAAGAGGAGGAAGAUGAGCGAAGUGCUGAGACCGAGGAAGCCAGGCAAGCUGCAGAAAUGAGAAUUCAGAAGAUCACCAAGUUCCAAGAAACGCUGUUGGGUCAGGACCAACGAAUCUGCAACAGCCUGGAGGAGAAGUUACAGCUUUAUGCUGAGCUUACAGAAUUAACCCUCCAGUCACCAGAACCUGUACCACAUCGCCACCUGCUGGUACAACCAGUACCGUACACCGACAGUGAGACACCAAGACAGGCCUCCUCACUGCUCACAGCUGCACUCAGAGAAGCUGAAAACCUGAUCACCAUUCUCCAGGCUCGUGAUGGCAUCACUGUGCAGAGUCAGAGCUCUCCUGUCCGAGGCCCUGAGUGCUGCAGUUAUAACAGCCACGGCAGCAGCAUUCAGGAGUCUCCCUCUGAGCCGGAUUAUCUGAGCACGCUAAGUAUGAGCUCCACCUCUCUUGGAUCUGACAGUGAAUUAGCCGGGAUGGACAAUUCGUUGUGGAGCUCCGCUGUCGAGCUGAGAAAAGGAGAGAACAAAGGGACACUGGUGAAGGUGGCAGAGAGUGUUCAGAGCCUGACCCAACUUCUAUACAGUCUACAGGCAGCUGUGACCCUCCAGGACAGCUGCUAUGAAGUCCACCAGCUCCUUCUUCAGGAGGGAGAAGGACCUCAGCUCCGAACCUUCGCCUCCCUUCAAAGCAGCCUGGAGCAGGAGAAGCAGAGGAGUAUUGAGAAGAAAAAAGAGGAAGUGGAAAAGAAGGGUUUAGAGAGGAAGAAAGAAGAGGUGGAUGAGGUGCAGAAACUCCAGGUGAAGCUGAAACAAGAGCAACAACGUUGGGACAAAGAGUGUCUGGCCAGAGAGAAACAACAGAGUGAACAGGAGACUUUGCUGGAGCAGCGGGAGCAGCAGUGUCUUCUGGAAGCUGAGCGGCUGCGCUGUGAGCGCGAGGAGCUGGAGGCCCAGCUGCUGGAAUACCAGCAAAAUCUGGACAGACUGAGGGAGGGUCAGAGGAGUGUGGAGAGGGAGAAGGAGAAGAUCGAAGCGCAACAGAGACUGCUCCAGAGCUGGAGACAUAGCCGCCAGAGCAGCCUGCCUGUUAUGAUUCCACUGGGUGAAUACAAGGGGUCUACCCACAGCCGCUCAGGCAGCCUGGAUGGCAACUGUUCAGUGUACAAGAAUGAGGCAGCUUUGCUCACCUCACUCCAACAGAACCAGCUCACCAACCAGCACCAGCAUCUUCUCUCCAUGCCAAGAAAAAACCACGAAGACCCCCUGCACAGUUCCACCUACUCGACCAACCUCGGCCUCAGUGCCAGCCUCUACAACAGCCUCAACACCCUGCUGAGCCAGACACACAGCAAACAGCCGCUGGAUGGCCUGACAUAUCCGAGCUACAGUAACAAUCAUGCCUGUCCCCAGGCCCUGAAUGACUCCAUCCACCCCUUUGGCAGCAGGAUCACUGCACAAUCACAGGAGACCAACACUUCAAACUUCAGACCAGUGGCGGACAAACAAUCCCCGGAUCCGUGGAGGUCAGAGGUCACAGGCCAUAGACUGUAUGAGGACGGCUUCUCUUCCUCUCAUUCUCUUAACCCUCUCCUCCCCCCUCAGGCGUACCUCUCUCUCGAAGGGCAGAAUAAGGAUGAGGGAGUUGAGGAGAACAUUGUUUACCUCUAAAGGUCCACGAGAGAAAAAUAAACAAUAUAGGCCACCAGUUGUAUACUGAACAAACGAUAAUAUGUCUGUUGCUUAAAUGUGUAUGUGUGCAUAUGUGUCCAUGUAAAUAUGAUGGAUUUAUGUUCAUCUUUUAAAAUCGGAGAGAUCAAAUAUAGAGGUGAUUGCAGGGAGAAAGUAUAAACAGACUGUACAGUAUGUGCCUUUAUCAUUGUAUGUUGUGAACUUUAACCAUUCUCCUUCUGUGUGAUCAAACCAUUGUGCCUUUUCACAAACAAGCUCUUUGUAAAUCAGCUUUUAUAUUUGUACUUCGUGUGUUUUUACUUCUACCACAAAUCUUUUAAGUAUCUGUUGCACUUUGUUUGAUGACAAAGGUACCUUUGUGCUACAAACUUUUUGACUUCAAAUACAAGAAAGUCAGGACAGAUUCAAAUUGAUGUAAUUUACCUCUUGAGCACUUAAAAUGAAAUAAGAAUAUAUGAGAAGCCAAUCAACCCCUUUUUUAAACUAUAUAUAGAUUAUUUCUCCAAGUGAUCUUUAAUGAUAUUUAUAAAGGAUUGUGGGCCUCUACGAGAAAUAAAAAUAGACUUAUAUUGUGUAUAAAUAUGAAAUACAUGUA